GGACCUUCAUCAGUCCUCGGAAUCCUCGGCAUCCCAGUCGGCCUCGAGCUACCGUGCGACGCCGCCGCCACCGACGUUGGCGAUGGAUGCUCUUUUGAAUGCCGAUGUGUUUCGAUUGACAGUGCAGUUCCAACAAGGCAUUCCAGGCGUGUUGAACGAGCGUGUGGAGGAAGCCAACGCAAUGACCUUUCGCCACACUAGGGUUGGCUACGACACGAACAGCCAACCCAUUGGCAUCUAUUAUGUGCCAACAAAGUCCCAAAGUCGAUUCCACAGCUCCAUGCUGCUCUUCCACGGUGCCACUCACAACUGCGAUAUGUACAUCAAAGCAAACGACCUCUUCCUCAGCAAUCACCAUCGGGACCCGCGUCUUGCAUUGCAUCUGGCAAUACACGAUGGAGACUUGUCACUUGUACAAGGACUUCUUGCUUACCGCCCAGCAUGGGUUUCGGAGGAAGCUCUUUCGUGCGCGGUGAAGUUUGGCCAUGAAACGCUGGUGCAGUUCCUCGUGCAAGCCCGAUCGAAAAAUCCUCAGCUCUUUGCACGUGCCAAUUACUCAGUCCCAGACUCGCACCUUGUCCUGGACAUUGCCGCCAUGCACGGACACUUCGACAUAUUGAAGUACUUGCAUCCGCAUGCACCCCAUGGCUGCUCAUUUCGUGCAAUGGACCACGUCGCCGCCCUUGGAAACUUGCCGAUGCUCCAAUUCCUCCACACGACACGCAGCGAAGGCUGUUCUACUGCCGCCAUGGACACUGCAGCGACAUGUGGGCAUUUGAAUAUUGUGAAAUUUCUGCAUGAAAACCGAACAGAAGGUUGCACAACCAAGGCUUUGGACGGAGCCGCCCGAGAAGGUCACCUGGACGUCAUUCGAUUCUUGUGUGAACGCCGCCGGGAAGGGUCGACCCCCGCCGCCAUUCGCCUCGCUGCAGAAAACGGACAUAUGGAUGUUCUUCAAUAUUUGCACGUCCGCCACCGUGUUGGGUGGUGCCCCCAUGUGUUGGAUGCCGCGGCGCGCCACGGCCACUUGGACAUCGUCAAGUACUUGCACCAUCGCGGUGAACGGUGUUCGCCGUCCGCGAUGGACUAUGCCGCAGCACAUGGCCAUAUGCAUGUUGUCCAAUUCCUUCAUGCGCAUCGGCAAGAGGGGUGUACUGUGCACGCGAUGGACUUGGCCGCUACCAAUGGGCAUUUGGAGAUUGUGAAAUUUCUCCACUCCAUGCGGUCCGAAGGAUGCACGGCCGCCGCGAUGGAUGGCGCAGCAUGGCACGGACAUCUUCAAGUUGUCGAAUUCCUCCACAAGCAUCGCCGGGACGGAUGCACCCGUGGGGCCAUGGACUGGGCGGCGACGGCAGGGCACUUACAAAUUGUGCAAUUCCUCCACGAGCACAGAACAGAAGGGUGCACGACUGUCGCAAUGGACGGUGCUGCCUGGAACGGCCACCUUCACGUAGUCCAGUACCUGCACAAGCACCGCAAUGAAGGUUGCACCAAGGCCGCAAGGGACAACGCUGAGCGGAAUGGCCACAUGCAUAUUGUCCAGUUCCUCGACCUCACGAGGCUAUACUCAACGACGAAGAAACCGCUGCCCGGCACACCGAAAACGAAUCCCUCUGUCAAGCCGAAGAGCUCGAAAACAAUGUGGCAAAAGGUCACUGGCGCACUGCUUCCCCGUCGACGAGUGACCGAACUGACGCGCUGAAGGCGUCCGCCGUCUGUGUCUCCAUGCGAUAGCCGGAGUGUUUGCACUACAGAGAGUUUGGCAAUUGAGUACUAGUAUUGUUUAUAUGUUUUUCAUUCGUAAAGCAGACUGUAUCAAUUCGAGAUUU